AUGCAGCUGGCCUGGCCAUAUCCCCUCCGAAGUCCCCUAAAUUCAGAUGUGCCUGUUGAUCUGAAGGAUUAUGAUAUGGCAAGUCCUCUGAAGAAUGACGGCUCUAACUUUCCCUGCAAAUUGUAUCAAGAUAACUCUACUAAUCCACAGGCAUACGACAUUACCGCAACAUAUAUGGCCGGCAGCACUUACAACAUAUCCCUAGCUGGAGGAGCAACACACAGCGGCGGGUCGUGCCAAAUAUCGCUGUCCUAUGACAAUGGCGCGACGUUCAAAGUCAUCGAGUCCAUCAUUGGAGGAUGUCCCCUAACGCCGAACUACGACUUCACCAUUCCUGAGUUUGCGCCGUCUUCUAGCACGGCUCUGCUGUCAUGGUCCUGGUUCAACCUUAUCGGCAAUCGGGAUAUGUAUCAGAAUUGUGCUAGAGUGCAGGUUGUAGGUGGCUCACCAUUUACCAACACAACUCAGCGAAGGAGGAAUGUCAGAUCUCCGCAGCGGAGGCAGAAUUCCUUUGACGCACUCCCAGACAUGUUCGAGUGCAACAUUGGCAAUGGUUGUCAGACGAUUGAAAAGCGUGAGGUCGUCUUCCCGGAUCCUGGAAUCAACGUUAUCUAUGGUCAGGAUGCGGUCUCCGUUGAUGCUGGUCCUGGAUUCACUAUCUCUGGACUUUCGACAGCUACUGGUUCUUCGACGACUGGUAUCCCGACCUCUACUGGCUCCUCGACAACUGGAACGGCCAGCUCAUUAGCAACUCCGACAAGCUUUUCAUCUACCGGACUUUCGACAAUAUCGUCAACCACGGCUUCCUCUCCCGCGGCAUCUACGACAUCAACGACAUUUGCGACCGUGACUUCCAGCACUGCUUCGACGACUAGUAGCAGCGCGGUCACUUCGGCGAGCAGCGAAUCGAGCGCCAGCUUGACAACUUCGACGACCAGCAGCAGUGCCUCGACAUCGAUAACCAGCAGCUCCACAUCGGUUGCGACGUCAAUGUCGAGCACUGCUUCUUCCACGACGUCGUCAAGCGGCACACUCAGUUCCAGCUCGGCGACUAGCUCGACCGAAUCCGCCACUAGGAGUUCCGGCACGUCAACGAGCAGUGGAUCUUCCACCGGCUCGUCGACGUCAGCGUCUUCGAGUAGUAUGGAUUCAGCGAGCUCGAGCACUUCAUCGCUCAGCACCAGCACAACGUCUCAGUCUACGGUCACCGUCACCACGACUACAUCCGAGACAACGACGUUUGCUCCCACGGUUGUGACAGAGGUCAUCACCAUUGUUCCAAUCUCCGAGAUCAGCAUCCUCGAGGAUACUCUACCCACCGCCACUGCCACAGUUUGA